GUGCUCUUCUAGUGGUACAGCUCUUGGGAAGACCGUGGAAAAUUCAGAAGUUACUCGAGAAGAAAUUGUGCUCCCACGAAGGAAAACUUGGGAUAAGCUAGCGGUUCUUCAAACGUUGGCUUCUACCGUGAACAGGGAUCCUACUGCUGCUCAUUAUAUGUUCCAGGAUGACCCUUUCCUUAUGCCAAGAAAUGCAGCCCAUUCUCGUCUAUUUUCAUUGUCGAAGGAGUCUGGGAGAAAUGCUGCAAAAUAUAUUAUUAAGCAAUUUCCUCAAUAUUUUGACAAGACUUUUGCAGAGCCCAAUGUACCAUGCUUGAUGCCUGAGACUCUUACACCUCAGAUUGAAGGAGUGAGUGAGGAAGCUCUAAAAGAGCGUAUCCACCUCAGAAGGGUCAAGGAUUCUGUGGACCUGUUCGAUCAGCUCGUGCAAGCAGGUACCCCUGUAUCUCUGGAGACCACAAACAGCCUUUUAGAUUUGUUAUGCUUCUAUGGAGAUGGAGAAUCUACUCUGGAAAAAGAGGAAGAAGAAAAACAGGAUUUGGAAGAACCAGGGGUGAACGCUUCGGAGCAGAAGGCUCCAAAGAGACAAUUCCAAAGAGGUUCUGGCUCUAGAUGGAGGGAGAACAACAAUGCUGAAAGGAUAUUUAAGAUAAUGCCAGAGAGGAAUGCACAUUCCUAUUGCACAAUGAUCCGUGGGAUGGUGAAGCAUGGGGCUUCUGCUAAAGCUUAUGACAUGUACCUAGACUUGCUGAAUGAAAGACACAAGGCUGAUGUGCACACCUUCAACGCACUGAUUACAGCAGUCCCAUAUCUAAAGGAGAGGUCCGUAGAAAGAUGGGAAUUAGCCAAGGUCUUCCUGAAUCACAUGGCUCAACAGGAAGUGCAACCGAAUCUGCUAACUUUCAAUGCUUUACUGAAGACUCUGAGAAGAUGUGGUGGUAUAGGCAGAAGUAUGUCUUUAUUGGUAAUAAAGGAAAUGGAAGCACUUGAUAUAGAGCCUAGCCUUGCAACGUAUGAUCAUCUUCUCUUUAUAUUUUAUAGAGACGUUGAUCUUUGCCCAUCAGGCAUCAUCUCUGAGGUGCUAGAUGAUGUUGAAAAGAGGAGCUUCACUCCCCAGGACCCUGAUGACGCCAAGUUUUUUGCCACAGCGAUGCAAGCGUGCUGUGAUCUUAAGGAUAUCAAGCUUGCCUAUCGGUUAAAUAAGGCAAUGGAGAAGGGAGACAACUGGAAAUUCUUGGACAUGGAUCGGUUAAAUGCCUACUGGUCAAAAUUCUUUUCAUUGCUGUGUAUGAUGGAACAAAUCGAUGUUGUGUUGAAAUGGUACAAAGAAAUGUCCCCUUCGCUCUUCUAUCCAACUCCUAAAAAUAUAUUGGACCUCCUUCAAGCACUGGAUGCAGCCAACCACUUGGAAGUGAUCCCUUCAGUCUGGGAAGAUAUGAAACAGCUGGGGUUUAAUAGGAGGCAAGAGCUGUUGGAAGAGGUCUUGUCUUUGAUGAGCAGGGAGCAGCACCCUGAUGAGAUUCAGCUGGCGUUUGCCAAGUGUGCUGAAGACAUCAAAGCUGUCUGUGAGCAAACUGGGAGGGAGCAGGCCCCGUUAGAAUGGACAGGCAGCGCGCUGAGCCAUCUCGCUCUGUUGUUUUCCAGGGCUGGGAGAACCCAGGACGCUUGGAAUACGAUGGAGCAUUUCCAGCAAAUCAAUAGGAUUCCCACUGAUCAGGUGAUGGAUGAGUUCUUGAACUGUGCUAAACAAACCAAUUGCCCAGAUGAGGCAAUUAAGCUGGUAAAGCUGGCAGCAUCCCUUGGUCUUCCUUCAUCUCAAAGGCUUAAGAGCAGAACGGAGAAGGAAUUUGAACUCUCUGAGAAGCAGAAGAAGACAUUGGAGAGUAUCAAGUCAGACAGCGACAGCAGCGAUAGUGACAGUGACAGCGAUAGUGACCGUGACUAG